UUUUUUAUCGAAACAAAGGUGUUUCAGUUUUCUGUGUUGGCUAAAACCCUCCCUUGAAGAAAAAAGAAGACAGAUGGCUGCGACUGUUCCUGCGAACCAAGCUUGGGAUUUUAGUUGUAAACUGGAUGUGAAUUUCGAAUCAGAAGAACAUGCUUUGAUUGUAUAUACAACAUUAGAUGUUGAUAAAGAGUUGCAGCCUGAUAAAGUGAGAAGAGUUAUGUCCGUAUCAAACAACAAGCUUUCUGUGCACUUUGAGGCAUUAGAGGCGAGGUUUCUCCGAGCAUCGUUCUCUGCGUUUGUAGACGUUCUUACGCUCGCCACGAGAACAAUUCAAGAAUUCGGGCAAAAGUAAACCACCAGUGUGAAACAACAAGUUUCAUUCUUUCUUAUUAUUCACUUCAGUUAUUGAAGCGUUAAUCAAACAAUGUACUAUUAUGGUGGUUACUGAUUAAUCUUUUUUUAAACACUGAAAUUAUAUUUAACAAGACGAGAUA